AUGCCGACAAGAUCUCAAUAUUUCGGUCGUGUUUUCUGUUUUGUUUCGUUUAUUGUAGCAGCCAAUUCGGCGUCUUCAUUCGCGGAUUCUGAAAUUCCCGGAUGUCCAAAUCUUGAUCUACUCGACAAGGCGACUGAUAUUACGCCUGAAUCGUUAAAUAAGCUUUUACUAUGUUUCUGCAAGGUCAUCGAUAGAGAGAAAGUCGCCGUGCAAUGUCUUUAUGGAAGCACAAUAGCUCAAUUGGAAAAAGUCGGCGGUCUCGUUGCAAAAGUCAACAAAACAAUACAACAAAUCAGCGUUCAACACAUGGAAUUCCCCGAAGAUGGCUUAAAAGCCGAGUUGUUCCAUCAAAUUGCGCCCGAAAUUAAAAGCUUGGAGAUUCGAGAAUGUUCUGGAGGAUCUGCCCUGAAAAUAGAUCCAAAAACGUUUGCACAACUUGAUGACAAGCUUGUAAACCUAACCAUUCAUGGCUGCAAUUUAGAAGAGGUUCCCCAGGCGAUCGAAACCCUUGCCAACCUUGAACUUCUUGAUUUGACCGAGAACAAACUCUAUAACUUGACCAAGUCUCCUUUUAGCAACAAACAAAAGCUUAAAUAUCUGGACAUCUCAAGCAAUUUUAUCAACUCGAUUGAUGAAGGAACCUUUGCGCCGUUGCAAUCGCUUCAAACGAUAAUUAUCGGCGAUCACAAUUAUAUGAACGAAUCUGUUUUGGAAGAACUGUCAAAUUUGAAAUCGUUAACGAGCUUGGAUCUUUCUCGGGCAGAUGGAAUAUUCUCGGUGCCAACCGAUUUUCUUUCAAAUCUUCCUCAAUUGAAAACGCUCAAGCUAGGCGGAUGUAGCAUAGAGGCUAUCGAUGCUGGAGCCUUUAAUGCUUUAACAAACUUGGAAGAGCUCGAUCUACGCGUCAAUCUCAUCACCAACGUCUCAGCUUUUGCUUUCGAUGGUUUAAAAAAGCUGAAAAGAAUUUCGCUAGCUGGAAAUUAUAUCAAAAGAGUCGAGGCACUGACGUGGGAUGGCCUUGACUCAUUGGAGGAACUUGACUUGGGCUGGAACGAGCUCAAAGAAAUGCCCAAUGACACUUUCAAUAGCUUGAAUAAAACGUUGACGAAGCUAAAUCUACGACACAAUUGGCUAGCUACGGUGGAGAAUAUCACCAAUCUAGCGAAGCUGCGGGAAAUAAACUUGAGCGAAUCCGAGUAUAUUUUUGAAUUGGGUAAAAACUCAUUCAAAAACCUACCCAUGUUAGAAAUACUUGACCUUUCCAACUCAAAUCUCUCUCAAAUUGACCCGGAAGCUUUUGAAAACGUCAAGGGAUCACUACGCAAGUUACAACUUCAAAAGUCUAAAAUCAAAGUCAUACCGGAAACCAUCUUAACUUCACUACCAUCUUUGGAAGAAAUCGAUGUCUCUGGAAAUCCCCUGAUAUGCGAUGAUCGAAUGGGAAACUUCAUAAAAACAACAAAGGCAAUCUAUAAAGAUGCGGCAAAGAUGGGCCGGAAUUUCUUCUUACAGAAUCAAAAUGAGACGACCUGUGACAGACCUUAUUCAAUGAAAGAUCAAAUAGUUUUCGAAGUGGAUGAAAGCAAUCUCUCUCAUUAUGACCCGCUUCUUGAUACAACUACAGCUAAACCAGAAAUAACCACCACCCCAGACAACAGCACUGUUGAAGAAACUCCUUCAAAAAUUGUACUGCCAGAUUUAUUUGUCGGCGGUGAAUCAAAUGACACAUUUUUCAAAGUCGAUGCCCCUAGACCAGCGUAUGAUGUCACAAAGGCCGAUGAUAUUGCCCUUGACUCAUUGGAGACAAAGGAAGGUGGUGGAAUCGGAAUCAUUUUGGCGUUGGGUGGAAUAGCUUUAACCAGUAUUCUUGCACUUGUAGCCGUUUUCGCCUACAUGAAAAAAAAGCGCCAAAUCGGGGUCUCUGAUGGGAAAGUGAAGAAAAUCGAGGACGGAAUGGUGGAGAUUGAACUAAAUAGCAAUCAGGGUAGCGUCAAAAGAUCAAAUCACCCAAGGAGGGAACCUCCACUUCCAACAAAUCAUCACAAUCGACCAAGACAGAAUUCGGCAAACUUUUCAACAAAUCACCAAAGA